AUGUCAGCUUUUGGUGCUACUUUUACAAGAACGCUUAGAGGUCGGACCCUUCUUGCAGUAGGUGGAGCAGUUGCCGCUGCCACUGCAGUUCCUGCUUUCUACGAUUACAGAAACAAUUCCAGCAAUCCCAGAAACUCUAAACCAUGGGCUACCCUGAUGGCCGGGGGCACGGCUCUACACGCUGCGCAGCAGGAAAAGAGUACAAAAGACUACCAGAAAGUUUACAACGCAAUUGCCGAGAAACUAAGAGACGAAGAUGAAUACGACAACUACAUUGGCUACGGGCCGGUUUUAGUGCGUCUUGCGUGGCACGUUUCCGGAACUUGGGACAAAAAUGAUAACACUGGGGGCUCUUUUGGUGGAACUUAUAGGUUUAAGAAAGAAAUGAACGAUCCCUCCAACCAAGGUCUUCAAAAUGCCUUCAAAUUCUUGGGGAGCAUCCAAGAAAAGUUCCCCUGGAUUUCUCACGGAGACUUGUUCACGUUGGCAGGUGUCACUGCCAUUCAAGAAAUGCAAGGUCCUAAGAUUCCUUGGAGAUCCGGCAGAGUCGAUGAACCAGAGAACGAAACCCCAGAUAACGGAAGACUACCAGAUGCCGCUCAAGAUGCCAACUAUGUUAGAACUUUCUAUCAGAGAAUGAAUUUUGACGAUAGAGAGGUCGUUGCCUUGCUUGGUGCCCACGCCUUGGGUAAAACGCAUUUGAAAAACUCUGGCUUUGAAGGUCCUUGGGGUGCUGCCAACAAUGUGUUCUCCAAUGAGUUCUAUGUCAACUUACUAAACGAGCAUUGGAAGCUAGAAACGAAUGAAGCUGGUAACAAGCAAUACAAUAGCGAUAAGGGCUAUAUGAUGCUUCCUACCGACUAUGCGCUGGUGCAAGAUCCAAAGUACUUGAAGCUCGUGAAGGAGUAUGCCAAUGAUCAAGACGCCUUUUUCAGAGACUUUUCCAAGGCAUUCACUAAGUUGAUUGAAAAUGGUAUUGAGUUCCCUAAGGAUAACAAGCCUCACAUCUUCAAAACUCUGGAUGAACAGGAGGAAUAA